AUGUACGAAAUAAAAGAAGAAAAAGGUUCAUACCAUCAUUAUAUUCCAAGAUUUAUUCUACGUAACUUUGCUAUUGACAAUUACGAUAGAGUAUUUGUGAAUAAUAAGAAGAUAUUCAAUCAGAACAAAAAAUUUUGGAAGAAAAGAAGAGAAGAACUUCUCCAAACCUAUGAUAGGAUUGUGGAUGAACUGGAAUUCUCAUUAAUUUCAAAAACUUAUGGAUGCAAAAAUAUGUACAAAGAUUUUAAUCAUGAAGACGCUGAGAAUGUGGAAAAAAAACUAGCAAAACUUGAAGGACAAUCAUCAAAAGUGAUCAGAGAUAUUAUUGAGGUAUCUGAAAGAGAAAUCCAUAUCACUUUGCUCAGGAAAGAUCUCGAAGAUCUACGCAAGUUUCUCUUCAUUAUGAACUAUCGAAAUCCUUACCGGCGAAUUCAGUAUACUGAUAAAAUUUUUGAUCCUAUUACCUGGUCAAUGGUAAAAAAUUUCAUGAAGGGACGCAAUUUACAAAGUCCUCUAAAAGUGUGGUUACAGAACGUCCGUGAAAUACUAGAGACCCCACAUGAAGAUGUCAAAGAUAACCCGCGAAUCUUUGGUUUAGAUAGGUCAGAUUACAGAACACGCAUGAUCGACUGUUUUCUCGCAAUUUGGAAAGCUGGCGAAAAUGAUGAAUUUUUAGUGACCAGUAAUUCAUUUGGAAUUUUUGAAGGAAUAAAUUUUGAAAUACACAAAGACAUCGGUUCAUUUAAAUUUGCAUUCCAUUGGUUUUAUGUCAUCUCCCCAAAGAUAAUGUUGGUCCUCUGCCAUUCGGCGUUCCGAAAAGAAAAUGGAUUUGAAUAUUUAUACAAAUUUCUUGGAUUUAAAUAUCAUUCAAUUUUUGAAAAUGUUCCUCAUCUACCGGCAACUGUAAAAUAUGUUGGUCGCAUUGAUUCCUCUCGUGCAGGAUUAAAACCAGAUAAUGCAUUUGACAAUUCAUUUGAUAGGUAUAUAAAUAGUAUAGGUCUUGAGACACAACCAGAUGAUAAAUUUACUUUUCCCUUCGUUAAAGUCAAUUCAGCCACUGUUCAUCUUGUAAAUGCUAUCAUACUAAAUGAGGCUAGAUCAGAUUUGAUUAUAUCAUACGUUUCUCCUUCAUACCUCUACAAAACAAUUGUCAAGUAUCAUAAAAAUCCAAGGUUUAUCAAACAAAAUUUUUCAAGUUUAAAAAAGAAAUUGUUCACAGAAUUAAACAAAACUCACAAGGAAGACUUGAAUUUUCGGAAAAACAUUCCAACCAGAGGCCGUACACGUAUUUGGCAUGAAUGUAGGAUGGUUACAAAAUCUUGA